ACGUCUUUUCAUAGCCCUGGUGUUGACAGUUGAAAUGAUCGAUAAUCCCUAAUAAUCCCAAAUAACGAUAUAAAAUCAAAAAAAUUUAUGAUUGAAAUUUCAAUAAAUUUAUUUUUUAUUUAGCCCUGGUAUUUAGCAAGUAAUUAAAAAUGUCUGAAAGAAAAAAAGCUCUUUUUAUUUGCUUAGGAAAUAUUUGCAGAUCACCAAUUGCCGAAGCAGUCUUUCUAAAAAAAAUAAGUGACGCCGGAAUAGGCGAUCAAUGGGAAGUAGAUAGUGCAGCAAUCGGUGCUUGGCACGUGGGUAAACAGCCUGAUAGUCGUGCACUCAACACUAUGAAAGAGCAUAAUUUGUCAUACAACAACCGUGCGCGACAAAUAACAAAAUCAGACUUUAAUUACUAUGAUUAUAUAUUUGGAAUGGACACGGAAAAUAUGUCGGAUCUUAAGCGCUUGACACCAAGUGGUUCUAAUGCUAAACAGCUUAUGUUAGGAGAUUUUGAUCCAGAGUCACCUGGUAAAAUUAUACGUGAUCCGUACUAUGACGACGGAGCGGCUGGCUUUGAACAAUGUUAUAUACAGUGCGUACGUUGUUGUGCAGCAUUUCUUAACAAAGUGCAGAACAACGAGUUUUAAGACCAACUUUAUUAUUUUAUUCCAUCGAUAGUAUAGGAAUGUCAACCCUGUUAGAACCGAUUCGUUCAUCGAUAUUGUAAAAAAAUGCACUGGGUUCGAAUCAAGGUAUACUUCCAGAUAGGAUUAAUCUGAGAGGAUGGAUGGAUGUUUGUUUAUCGUUCGAUUAUUCUAAUAAAAGCAACCGGGUAACAGUAUAAAUAACAGCUUGCAUGCAGAAAAAUGUAGCCAAAAACGUUGCUUCCGAACCACGUAGGAGCUCUUUAUACAGACUUUAGCAAGGCAUUUGAUCGCAUAGAAUAGACAUACCUCUACUACUCUUCAAAUUGAAAAAAAAGGGCUUGAGUUAGAACGCCUGAAGUGGCUAAAUAUCCGUCAAAAUAUAGUGAAAUUAGGACAAAAUA